ACCUACCCCCCUCUCUUUUUCCGGCAAAAGCUUUCGCCGACGACGAGGGCUGAAGUUUGUGCUGGUUGCGUAAAUUGAUCGAAUCGGUACUUUAGAAGAGGAAGAGGAAGUUGACUCUCUUGCGUGCUUAAUUGUUUCUUUGUAUGAUGACGGAUAUCGCUUCUUCUGAAGAUUCUGUAACAUGUUCUUCAUCUUGUGCUGUGUCUGUCGGUGAGAAGAGAAAGAGGAACGAAUAUGGUGGAAGUUGUAAUUCUGGAAAUCAGGGUGUUUUACAUAACCAUAGAAGAGGGCUAAGUGAUAAUGGUGAUGCAGGCAGGGGAGAAGAGUCGGCAAAACCAAAGACUUCGGAAUAUGUUGGUCCAAAGUUUAACGACUUUGAUAAGCUGCGGGAAGAAAUGAACUUUGCUGUUGGUCAGACCUGGGCUCUUUAUGAUACAACGGAUGGGAUGCCUAGAUCGUAUGCUCAGAUCAGGAAAGUUUCAGCUCCUUCCUUUGGGCUUAGGAUCACAUAUCUUGAGCCAGACCCAGAUGAUGAGAAAGAGAUACUUUGGUUUGAAGAAGACUUGCCUGUUUCUGUUGGUAAGUUCAGGCUUGCCAAUAAUCAGAAUACAAAAGUUCGUUCAAGAUUCUCUCAUCUUAUCCAAUCCAAUGAAGGAAUCAGUAAUGGUUAUUUCACUAUAUCCCCAAGAAAAGGCGAGACUUGGGCUCUGUUCAAGAACUGGGACAUUAACUGGUCUUCAAAACCAGAUUCUCACCGCAAAUUUGAGUAUGAGUUUGUCGAGAUUUUGUCAGAUUACGCUGAUGGAGCUGGUGUAUCUAUUGCAUUCUUGCAUAAAGCAAAAGGCUUUGCAAGUGUUUUCUUUCGAAUGGGAACUGGUGAUGUAAACAUAUCUCAGAUUCUGCCUCACAGAUUGUACCAGUUCUCCCAUAGGGUUCCUUCCUUCAAACUGACUGGAACUGAAGGACAAGGUGUGCCAAAAGAUGCUUACGAGCUGGACAAGGCUGUAUUACCUGACACAAUCAAAGAGAUACUUGUCCCUUCACAUCUAUUAGCAGCGCCGACCGCUUUGAAGUCAAAACUGACUGGAAGUAAAGGACCAGGUAUGCCAAAAGGUGCUUACGAGCUGGACCAAGCUGUAUUACCUGAAACAAUCAAAGAAAUAAUUGUCCCUUCACAUCUAUUAGCAGCGCCGACCGCGUUGAAGUCCAAACUGACUGGAAGUAAAGGACAAUGUGUGCCAAAAGAUGCUUACGAGCUGGACCAAGCUGUUUUACCUGAAACAAUUAAAGAGACAAUCGUCCCUUCACAUCUAUUAGCAGUGCCGACCGCUUUGAAAUCCAAACCAGAAGCUUUCUGCUUUCGGAGUACAGGGAAAGGUUUUCAAACUGGCCAGAUCUGGUCAUAUUACACUUUUUGGAGCGUCCCUCGGCACUAUUGUAGGAUUCAUAAGAUCACUUUUACUCAGGCAUUCGAGCAAGAAGCCGUAUUUAAACUACACGUAACUCGGUUAAUGCCUACUCAUUUCUCUGGGGAUGCGACCCAAUAUCGAAACAAGAAAAAGACUGUUGGUUGUGGAACUUUCUUUGUGAGGAAAGGUACCGAAGUAAUCGAUCCUGAUGAUGUUUCACAUCAGAUAGUGCCUGAAACUGAAACCUUCAUGGAUGGAUAUGCAUAUACCAUUCUCCCCAAGAUUGGCGAUGUUUGGGCCAUAUACACAUACUUGCCUCAAGAAAUUUAUAAUGAGGAGACGGAAAGGUGGUAUUUUUACAAAUACGAAAUUGUUGAAGUCCUUGAUGACACUUUGGACUAUAAGGUUUCAGCGGUGGAGCUGGCAUCGUUUGGUAAUGAAAAUGAAGAAAAACAAAAAUUCUUGCAAGCAGCUGAGGGUAGGCAACAUGAGUCGGAGAAUGAGUCAGAAGCGAUAAUUACAAUCCCCAAGUCAAAAAGGCAAAGAUUCUCGCAUCAGAUUCCUGUUUCUCGAGUAACCAAGGCGAUAGACGGAGAUUUGAAAGAGCUCUUUGAAGUUCUUGAUGCUGGAGCAUUACCUUAAAUUGGCAUAGCUGAAAGGGGAAGUGAGGGAAGGAUUACAUUACUUUUUGUUAGCUUUUGGUGCAUUUUGAUGCAAGUAUGUUUUUAUAUUUAUCUUAUAUGAUGUGAAGAAACAGCCAGUAAUUUGUUGCUUUGGUCUGGGAUCCUCUCUCUCUAAAUGUGUUUUUGUUUAUUUGUGCGACAACAACUGUAUCUCUUACAUUGCAAGUUUGUUUGUUGCAGCAAUGUGUUCUUGUCGACUUGAGUGAUCUCUCUGCUGAUCACAUAUCUCAACCUUGUUGAACUUUUCUCAUAUACGGUUUUAUAUAAAAGCCUUUGGCUCUUC